AAAAAGAAAAGAGAAGUUCAUCAUUGUAUUUAAAUAUUUUCGAUUAAAACGAUAUUAUUUGGGAAAAAUGAAGCUUAAGCAUUCUUAAUUCGUACGUCUUCUUCAAUUUCGAUCUCUUCUACUCUCUACGUUCCUCUUUCGGUCUCCAUCCAUCUUCACUAUGCUUUUCCGGCGAAAACCCGAGGACGUGGUGCCGGUUUUGCUUCGCCGCCUUGGCGAAGCAAAGAAGCGCGCUGUCGAUCCCCGCCGCGAACAGACGGGCGAGCAGGUCUCCGUGGCGCCCUUGUUCGAAAAAAUCGAAGCCGAGCUUCAGGGGAUGAAGGAAUGGUUCCCCGCUUUCAAGCAUUGGGAAACCACUCUCAUGGUGAAGUUCACCGACUUGGAACGCGAUAUCGAUGACGAAAUAUUUGACGACCGCGCCCAGAUGGACGAGAUCGAGGCAAAGCUCGAUUCUAUCGACAAGAAACUUGGAUUGAUAAAGGAAAAUAUUGCCUUAAUUCAUCUGCCUCAGAUCGAUGACAAGCGCGGAGAGUCACGGCAGGAAGUUUCUUCACAAGCUCUGGCUAGGAAGGUGUCGGAAGAUUUGCAGCGCCUGAGUGUGGAGGAGCAAAUCCUCAAUUCCCCAGGGAUGGCAGAUCUUCAGGUGAGUUACGACAUUCUUGAUCUUCAAUUGAAGCUCUGCCUUCUCUGUUUAUCGAUUUUCCCUGAAAAUUCCCAAAUAAAGAAGAAACCCUUGAUUUUCUUCUGGAUUGGAGAGAGUUUGAUCACCAGAACUAAAAAUAAGACCGCCGAGGAAGUGGGAGAAAUUAUUUUUGAGAAGCUUGUAAAAAAGGGUUUGAUUCAACCAGUCCCGAAGAGUCCCCGAAGUCCCGUCGUGGAUAGCUGCAAGAUUCAUCCGUGGAUUCGUCGAAUGCUUAUUUCUGUGGCUACACAAUCUGGUUUCUUUGAUUUCAAUUCGUCGGGGGAACUCAGUUAUGCCUUCUCUAAAUCUCGCCGCGCGUGUUUGGUUUCCGGAAAACAAGAAGAACUUUCCAGCGAUAGUAAUAACUCGAAGGAGGAGGAAUUGUUAACCCUGUUCAACGUAAACCAGCAAUAUAUCCGUUUCAAUGCAGAUUCGUUUGCGAGGUUGAAGAAGGCGGUGGUUCUUCAACUUGGUAGGUGGCAGAAUUCUGCAACACACCAUAUUGAAGUAGAAAAUUCCGACUUUUUGGACAAAUUGAGGGACCAGAAGCACUUGAGGUACCUGAGUCUUCAAGGAGUUUCUAGGGUAACCACAUUACCCUCAUCAAUCACUGAGUUAAUAAAUCUUGAAAUCCUUGACCUCAAGGCAUGCCACAGUCUAGAAAAAUUACCUCAUGAUAUCUCGCGGCUGAGGAAGCUCACGCAUUUGGACAUAUCAGAGUGUUACCUGCUGGAAGGCAUUCCAAAGGGAAUCGAUAAACUUCAUUCCUUACAGGUGUUGAAGGGUUUGGUGAUCGAAAGCUCGAGGCGAACCAGCAAGCUCGGUGAUCUGGCUCAACUGAAGAAACUCAGAAAGCUAAGUCUCCGGUUCAGGAGCAGUGGAGUAAAUGAUGAACGGGAGCUUGAAAGGUUGAAGGACAUGGUGAGUCUUCAUAUACUCACAAUAUCAUGGGGCAAAGUAGUGUCUUUACCCAUGAAAUGGGAAGGUCCAAAGUUAAGUAAGGCGUCAACCUUCCCGUCAAUUAGUACAAAGUCCAUCACAUUUCCUCCCAAGUUGGAGAAGCUGGAUCUGCGGUGCUUCCCUCAUCAAAGGAUGCCAGACUGGUUGAGACCUAGUGGUGGACUUGAGAAGUUAAACAAGCUAUAUAUAAGGGGAGGUGAUCUUGAAGACUUGGGUUGGAAGGAGGGUACCAAGUGGAAUGUUAAGAUUUUACGUUUGAAGUAUCUGAAGAAGUUGAAUGUAGAUGUUCCACGCCUGCGGGAAAAUUUUCCAGAGCUGAUUUACUUGGAGAAAAUUCAAUGUUUCCCCGGAUCUCAAGAUUAUGUGGAUGCAUUAUAGUAAACUGGCAGCUCAGAAACAAGCACAAACAAGCCUUGAUCAAACAGGUGUCUUGUUCUCUCUUCUUCUUCUUCUUCUUCUUCUGUGACGUCUAAGCUCCUUGUGCAUCCCAGGGCUUGUUCAGAGAUUUCACAAUACGGAUGCUAGCUUGAAACAAACUUGGCAGAGAAGAGUCAUUAUUAAUCUAAAAGUCAAUCAGAGAAGCUUCAAUAACAAACUCUCUCCAAUAAGCGAUCAGGUUCAAAAUCAACUUACCAACAAAGUUAUCAAGGACUAGCCCCAAACAAAUUUUACAUUGUGAAUGUAAGAAGCAAUGAAUAGUUGUUGUAUUGCUACUAUAUUUUAUUCACAAUGACAGAGCCUUUAUAUAUA